AUGGGAAACACCAUUAAAAAAACAAUCCUUCGCCAGCAAAAAUCACUCAGUCUGAAACAGGAAACGAAAGUGAUUUUCUAGCUGUUCUCUAUGACUAUCCUCCGCCGGAUGUGAGCGAGCCAAUCUUUUACUUUGGAGAAAAACUGAGGGUCAUCUCCGAUGAGGGAGGAUGGUGGCGAGUGGUAUCCCUAAAGACCGGUCGUGAGAACUAUAUACCUGAAAAAUGUGUAGCAAAGGUCUACCAUGGGUGGCUGUUUGAUGGAGUGGGGAGGGAGAAGUCAGAACAACUACUACAGCUGCCAGAAGUGAAGACCGGUUCAUUCAUGAUUAGGCAAAGUGAAACCAAAAAAGGAACUUAUUCCUUAUCUGUCAAGCAUAGACAAGUGAAACAUUACAGAAUUUUCCGCUUACCGAAUAACUGGUAUUAUAUCUCGCCAAGACUGACCUUUCAAUGCUUGGAGCACCUUGUCAACCACUAUUCAGAAAAUGCAGAUGGACUGUGUUGUGUUCUCACCACUCCGUGCCUCACCCAGCAGUCAGUAAACCUGACGGAAGUCUUUGGCAGACAAGAAAUGCCCGUCAUGCGGAGAAAGAAGCCUUUCAACUGGAAGAGUAUGAAGAGGGUUUCACUGACCGCAGAAGAACCUGACCAUUCCAUAGAAACAGAUGACUCUUUUCUCAGCUACGGUCUUCGCCAAAGCAUAGCCUCUUACUUGUCAUUGGCUGAAGAUGAUGAAAGUUAUUCCCUCCCAAGCAAUGAACAGAACAAGAAACCAACCCGGAGAAGUUGUAUCUUAUCCUCUGUCAACACCAGAAGUAACUUUAUGUCCAACAGAGCGAGUUACACCGAAGGCUACAGAUGA